ACAAACGAAAAUAAUCGAGUCAAAAGCACACAGCAAACUGGACGGUCUCGUACAAAAUUCACAAAAAAUAACGUCAAAUAUUUAAACACAACUCUAAAACCGGUCGCAUUCGUGUAGUGAAAACCCAUAAAAUGAUGUGUAUAUUUUAUAAAAUGAAUUGCCUAAAAUAUAACAAAUUAUUUGGAAAAAUGUACAAGUUACAGCGAGUAAAUGAUGUGAACAAAAAUUUUAGCAAUUUUAGUGGGACCACGGAAUAUGGCUGAAACAAGUAAAGAAAUUAGUGGUACCACUAAUCGAACGAAUGUGGCAAAGUGAGUGUUGUGAUAAUGAAAGAUUAAAAGCAAAUGCCAAAGUAGUUGUGACUAACGGACGCCAGGCGGUGCUAAGGUAUGGCGACACUGUGAAAUGCAACCCUGCUGUGUGGCCACUCUCGCUGAUGUUUACGUGAGUGUAUGUGUGCAAAACUAAAAUAUUGGUAAUAGGUCCACACACGCCAUAUUUAAUUUCUAACAGCAAAAAAAGCCAUUUUUCGUUUAAAUCAAUGCAAUUUUUCUCUGUGAAAUUACGGAAAAAUGUCAACAGUUCCUUGAGUAGUGUGUGUUGUUGAGUAGAUUAAUAUAAAUAUUAAUAAAAUCCGAGAGAUUAAAGCAGAAAAAGUGUUGCCAGAAUGGCCCAUUAUUAUAUACAAAGCCUUGAUGACAACAUAAAACUAUAUACAACGGAUGUCCAAGUGGUUCAUGUGGCCGGCGACGAUGUUGGUGUCAGUAAUCCAAAUAGAGCACAGCAAAUCGUUAUGGAUGACAGUUCCCAAAUUUUAUUACAAAAUGACGGUGGACCUCAGCAAGUGGUGUAUCAGACACAAGCUACUCCCACACAAUAUCAGCCACCGCAACCCGGACAGACGUACACGAUACUGGGCGAUGAUAUUAACCAACAAACCCAGUCUCAAACCCAAAUUCAUCAACAACAAACCCAGCAACAGACACAACAGCAACAAGCACCACCACCCCAACACCAGCAACAACAAAUCCUAAUGCAUCAACAGCAACAACAACAGCAGCCACAACAGCAUCAAGUUAUGGACCAUCAGCAGCAUCAAAUGCAGACCACCUACCAAUUGCAGCCAGAUCCACAACAGCAGCAUAUGCAACAGGCCCAGGAUCACCAAAUGCAACAUGUUCAAGCUGCAGCGCAACAGCAGCAGCCGCCGCCUCAAAUUUAUUACACCACAGAUCAGUUGGUACAUCAGCAACAACAACAACAGCAAAAGAAGGUAUAUAUACAACAACAAGCUCCGCCGCAAACAAUGCAACAACAGUAUCAACCACAUCCCCAACAGCAGCAGCAAACGCAUCAACAAAUGAUGCACCAACAGCCUCCGCCGCCUCCUCAACAACAGCCGCAACAACACAUUUUGCAGAGUUCGCAACAUCAACAAGUCCAGGUACAACAUCAAGUAUCGUCCGGCAACCAACAGGCCCAGCAGCAACCUCAGAUCAUUUAUCGCAUGCAGCCACAACAACUGCAGACACAACAACAACUGCAACAGCAGACACAACUUUUGGGCAAUGCCCAACUUAUUGUCCAGCAACCCUCCGGUCAGCCGGUUCUUAUUCAGCAAUCUCCUCAACAGCAAGAACUCAUUAUGAGACAACAGCCUCGUGUCGUCUAUGGAAAUCGUAUAAAUUUUACUCCCCAACAAUCACCGCAGCAGCAACAACAGCAGCAGGUCAUAAUGCAACAGGCCCAGCCGCAUCAACAGCAACACAUACAAAUUCAGACCAAUGCAAUGCAUCACAAUCCCACCGGACACAUGGUGCAGCAGGCUCGAGUGGUACCGCAACAACAUCAGCAACAGGUGCAGCAACAACACAACAACCCGCCGCCGCCUCAACAACAAAUGCAACAAAAUGUCGUCUAUCAUCAAAUACAGGUGCAGCAGAACAAUCAAAUGGCCAAACAAACAAUGCAACAAAAUGCCGUUGUUCAUCCCCAACAACAACAGCAACAGCAUAUACAACAGCUGCAGCAGCAACAUCAGCAACAGCAGGUCCAAAUGGUGGGACAAAUAAAUAAUCCAAAUGGUGCCACAAUCAUUCGAACGGCAGGUGUAAGAGGUGGAAAGAUAGCCCGGGGUGGCGUCAGCGGUACCCUAAUCGCACGUAUGCCGGGAAUGGGGGCGGGUGUGGCCCGAUCUGUAUUUAACGCUGCCGGCACAAUGGGUGGCGGUGGUGGGCAAAUUCUGAGAACUCCCCGUCCGCGUUGUAGCACCACUGCCGGGACCACGACAAGAGGUCGUGGAGGUAGGGGAGCUCGUGGAGCAGCAGCCUUGGCCGCUGGUCGCGGUGUACAAUUGGCAACGGCAGCAGGAUUAAAUCCCAAUGCUCAACUGCAUGGAAAACUCGUUGCAUCCGGUCAAGUUCGCCAAGUGUUUCGCACCCAACAUCAACUCAGCGAUGGUAGUGUCCAGCAACAGCUUCACUUAGUGCAAGCCCAACCACGAGCCCCAGGAGCAGUGGCUCGUUUUAGAUCGCCCGUACUAGGACAACAAGUUCAGCAUCAACAACACAACCCCCAGCAAACAUCUCCGCCCUCCUCACAAAAUUCUAAUCCCAGCGCUGGAUCAUCCAACUCCUCACCGGCUACUGGUAACUUCGAGUUGGAUUUGGAAGACAGUAUACAGGCAGUAUUUGUAAAGAAGGAUGGUCAAAAGCAGGCAAUUGCAGCCAAUGCAGCUGCCGGCGUCGCCUCAGCCGCAGGAGCAAACACUCAAAACACCAGUGCCACCACCAACGUAGCUGCGGCUGGUACCACUCUAACAUCAUGUUACGCCAAAAAUCCCAACAAUGACGACAAUGGCACCUGCAUGACAUUGGCCGAAUACAAGAAACGCAAUGCAACAACCUCAGCCCAAGCUGCCGUUCAAGGCGCCAAUACGAUGCAAUCGGGUAUAAAACCACUGCAACAAACGUCGGCGGGUGGAAAAAUUACGCUACCGGCUGCAGGUGGCCAAUCGGUGCACACAGUUCCUGUUGCUCGUGUGGCUCCACAGAAACACAUUGUUCCCAAGGAACAGUGCGGCGUCGCUGGGCCCAACCCUGCAGCUAGUCCCGUUCAAAAUCGACCACCAGCCGGCUCGUCGGUUUAUCAAACCUCCCACAACAAUUACGAAAUUCAGACACAACACGUCUUACAAAAUCGUGCUGGCCAGCAAAUGGCCGAAAAAGAUCGCAACAGCGCCAAAAUGUUGGUUAUAUUGGUGUCUGGAGAACAACGUUUGAUUACCUUCACUCUGCCACGCGAAUCCUGCACUGUUCAAGACUUGCUUGAGCAAGUGGGGGUACCAUUCGAUGACAACACCACAAUACAAUGUGUCGAAAAUCCCGGCGCCAACAUUGAUUUUGUUGUGACUGUUGGCUUUUCGGUGCAAGAAUCGGCCAGUGAAUUGAUAUCCCGAGCGGAGCAAAGCCUUCAAAUAAGUCGACAACAAGAAAGUUUACAACAAAAUGCCGCUGGCCAAGCUGGCCAUUCUAAGGGACAAGUAGAGCAGGGUUCGACAGCAGCAGCAGGGACACAUCCUGCUGCGGCCACGGCAGGAAAUCCCCCAAGUGGAAGUGCGGCAGCAGCAGCCAAUGCUGCUCUGUCGGCCAACGCAUCGACUUCUUCAAGUCCAGCACCUUCAGAAAGCUCCAACAAAGACCAAACUACACCUGCUUCGAAAUUGGCUACAACUGGUAGUUCUACCAAACCACCCCAAGACGAUGGCAGUGGUAGCAGUCAGCGAAAACUUAUUCAAGGAUUCUAUGCCAUAUGUCAGAGUUGUGGCUUCAGUGGUUAUGAUCAUUCGAAGUGUGAAAGAUGUAAACGUGUCUUCUUGGAGCCACCUAAAAAGAUACCCAUCAAACAGGCCAACAAUGCGGCUGGAAAUUUCGGUAAUCUCUCCGGUUCAGAAUCCUCAUUUGCCUCCAACACAAUGCCCGGUGGUGAUAAGAAGCAGAGGCAUCACGGUGAUCCGAAUUCCACGCAAAGGGGUAAAUCGUCGGGUCCUUAUAAUCCCAAUGGUCCUCCGACCAGGGGUCGUGGUGGCUCACAAAGUGGUAGGGGACGGGGCAGUCGUUCCGGUCGCAGAGCUGCAGAAAUAGAACCUGUUAUUCUUACACUCAGCAGUGACGAGGAAGACGACGAGUCCUCGAACAAGGGAACCUCCAAUAUGGGUCACUUUGCUAAAUCAUCGAUUAAUUCUUCACCUGCGUCUUUGAUGUCAUCCUAUAAACCUCUGUCGUUUGAACCAAAUAUUCCGGAGAAUGAUGAAACCAUCAUUUACAGUGAUUUCAAACGUGGAGACAUAACUGAUCUCUCCAACUGUAGUGAUAAGCUAAGCUGCACCUUGCCUUGUAAAUAUAUACGUUUAGGUACAUACUGUUUUGAGCCUCCCGAACAGGUGGUUAUAACCUCUAAAGGUGUACGCAUUGUUGCUCCACUGGAAAGCAAUCCCUCGGAGACCUUCCCCCUGCACAUACACAAGCAGGAGGUAGUAAAGGUGAUUGCUCAUUUUUCAAAAACCACAGAUUCGAUGUUGUGUUUUUAUACGCUACGAACCUGUGCUCAGUAUAUACGUACUUCUUUGAAGAUGCCCGAUAUAACACAACCUAUAGAUGGAGUUACAUAUUUCGCACCAAACGGGCCGUAUCAAAUGCGAAAAAUUAUUAUUCAGUUCCAAACAAUAUCGGAUCAGGCUAAAAGUGUUAUACGCUCUAUAUGGGAUUUUCUUGAUGAAAUUUCCGAUACCGAUGCCCAAGAUCUGCUGCAAAGAGCGGCAGAAUCUGAUCGCAAGGUGGCCACCAAUAAAAAUAAUAGCGAAAAUACCCCAACAACCACACAACUGCAACCCAACGAGAUACGUCAGCUCCUUAUUUAUCCCCAAGGCAAAGGCGGUAUUUCCAUUAACACCGAAGAUUACAUGUGUUUGGCAACAGAUCAAUAUUUAAAUGACAUCAUAAUUGAUUUCUAUUUGAAGUGGGUUCAUGAAAACAUCAUUCCAGACGCACAAAAAGAGCGCACCCAUAUCUUUAGUACGUUCUUUUAUAAACGCUUGACGACACUAACACGCCAUAUAAAUCAUGACAAGGAUGUGAAACAAUCUGCAGCUCAAAAGCGUCAUGCUCGGGUACAAAACUGGACGAAAAAUGUUAAUCUUUUCGAAAAGGAUUUCAUUAUAAUACCCAUAAAUGAACAGUCGCAUUGGUUCCUGGCCAUUAUAUGUUUUCCUAAGCUCAAAGGUCCGGUUACCUUUGAUACACAUGUACCGGUUGAACUGCAACCCAUAAAAAAGACAAAAGGCAAAAAGGUGUCACUGCAAAUUGGUAAUACCACAAUAACACCACUCUCCAAACGCGAUAGUUCUAAUGUUUUAAGUGAAAUUUGUGGUGUUGGGGAUGAUGAUAGUGAACGCGAUGAAGCCGAGGGAGAUGACAGCGAUUUGGCUUCGGAGGAUAGUGACUUUGAUAAUUCGAAUUCAACAACACCCAGCAAUUCACAGCCAGCAGUACCAGUUGUGGCGGGAGCUACAGCGGCCAAUACCGCCUCAUCGGCCCAUCAACCAAUUAAACAGCCCUUGAUUCUAAUAUUUGAUUCCUUGGCGGGUGCCUCUAGAAGUCGUGUGGUGGCCACAUUGCGUGACUAUCUAACGUGUGAAUAUAAAAUUAAAAUGCCUGAAGCCCCAUUACAUGCCUUCAACAAGGACAACAUGCCCGGACAUUGUGUUAAAGUUCCUCAACAAAACAAUUUUACCGAUUGCGGUCUAUAUCUACUGCAAUAUGUGGAGCAAUUUUUCAAAGAUCCCAUACGCGAUUAUAGGGUGCCCAUAAAACAGUUGGCCAAUUGGUUUGAUACACUCACAGUUACCAAGAAAAGAGAAGAUAUAUCCAAUCUCAUACAAUCAUUGAUGGAUGAGCGCAACGGGCCAAAUAAUAAAAUUAUACUACCCGAAAUACCAUUUCCCACUCUAAAUGGUCAACUGGUUGAACCAGAUGGUUACAAUAUUGAAUUUGAAGAGGAGGAGAUGGAAGAUGACGAAGAUGAUGAUAAUCAGACAGGUGAUAUGGAUGAUGUUUCAAACGAAGAUAUGAGUAAAUCUAAAACUCCAAUAAAAGUUGGCACUUCAACACCAACAACAAUAGCUGCAACAGCUGCCAGCUCCGCCAACACUACUAUGCCAACGCUUGUGCCAACCCAAGGCCGGAAAAUUGUACUGAAACGAAGAAUGCAGCUACCAGGUGGUCCCAAUGAAACCAGCUCAUCUUCGUCUCCUUCCCUGGGCAGCCACAAUACAUCGUCUUGUCAAACACCGCCUGGUCCAGCCAUUGCUGCCGCCGGCCAACAGCAACGUCCCCCAAAUAUGACAAAAAUACGCAAACUGGAGCCAUAAUUCAAUCAUACCUCCGGCCACAAUUAUACAUUACUAUAAAUAUGAUUUAGUUAUAUUAUUACCAAUCAAUCAAUCAACCAACACACACACACAAGCAACAAGAACAUGCAGAAAUUCUUGUUAAAAACACCCUCUCCCCCCAUUAUCAUCAUACUUGAUCGUUUUAUGUUUUUAAUUUUAGUAAUACUCUAAAGAUUUUGUUUCUUUAUGAUAUAUAUAAUUGUUUUUAUAAAAUAAUUAUUUUAGAGUUUAGUUGGAAAAUUUGUUAAGUUGCCUAGUAGGACCUUGUACGGAAGGAAAACGAAAACGAAAAGAGAAUUAACUUUUCGUCUCGAAAAAAACUGAUUUUUAUAAAAAAAUACUACAUAAUACGCAUUUUGUUCAUUUUAUUUUUGAUACAGGCAAUGUAAAUAGCUUCUCUGCACACCCAAAUCCUCAUCUCUUUCAUUUAUUAUUUAUAUAUAUAUAAAAAACAAAGCGUAAUUUUAAUAUGAUUAAAAUAUGUACUCUAACCAACCACUUAAAAACAAAAAGUUUCAAAUAGAAAAAAAAGAGAAAACUAAGAAGAAAUUAAAGCAAGUGGUUUGAAAUCUUAACCUAUCUUUACAUAAACUAUGAACAAAAUAUAAAUAAAAAACAACAAAUUUACAAAAAUA